AUGUUGAAUCUAAUAUCACGUUGGUAUAUUUUCAAUUUAUUCAUAACAUCCAUUCUAGCAUUUGAUUUUGGAUUGGGACCCACAUAUUAUAAACAUGGAGAUAAAGUUGAUUUAUUAGUCAAUAAAAUAGAAUCUGAUACUACUCAAUUACCAUUUGCUUAUCAGAGUUUACCAUUUGUUUGUCCACCAAUUAAUGGUGCUAAACCGGUUCAUUUAUCAUUAGGAGAAUUACUUAAAGGUGAUAGAAUUUGGCAAAGUGGAUAUCAAUUACAAUUUGGAAUUGAUGUUCCUUGUAAUCGAUUAUGUGAUAUGGUACUUUCAACCAAUUCAAUUAAACGUGCAUCUGAUCUAAUUAAAGAAGGUUAUGUUGCUCAUUGGACAGUUGAUGGAUUACCUGGUGCCACAACUUUUGAAUCAAAUAAUCAUCGAAAUAAAUAUUAUGCAGCAGGAUUCCCCUUGGGAUUUGUUAAUCAUGAUGAUGGAAUGAGUUAUAUCUAUAAUCAUGUUAUGUUAGUGAUUAGAUAUCAUCGACAGAAAGAAAAUAACAAUAGAUAUACUAUUGUUGGGUUUGAAGUUUAUCCGAAAAGUGUAAUUGAUGAGCAAUGUCCUGGAUCCCUGAAAAAUUAUGAAAAUUUCCCUUUAUAUUAUUCUGUUGAUGAUAAAAAUCAAUUGAUUGAAAGUAAAACGAAAAUUGCUUAUACUUAUUCGGUUUAUUGGCGAGAAGAUAAUUCUAUUGAUUAUGAUUCUCGUUGGGAAUUAUAUUAUGAAAAUGAAACUAAUGGUACUCAUGUUCAUAUUCAUUGGAUAUCAUUUAUAAAUUCCAUUAUUCUUAUUUUUUUAGCAUCUUUGAUUGUUAUGAUUGUUUUAAUCAAAGUUUUGAAAAAAGAUAUUGCCAAUGGUGGAAGUGGGAAAAGUGAUAACACCAAUAGUGGUACUGUAUUACCUUUGACAAAUGAUAUUCCUAUGGAUAUAGAUGGUGGUGACUCAUCAUCAGCGAUUAAAAACAUUGGAUCUGGUUGGAAGAAUUUAAUUAAUGAAGUCAAUCAAAUUCCUCAUUAUCCAAUAUUUUUAACCACAUUAGUAUCAGCAGGUAUUCAAAUGGUGAUUGCUGCCAUGGGAGUAAUUAGUAUAUUAAUGAUAAAUUCAAUUGGAAUUAAAAAUAAUUUCUUUAAUAGUCAUCAAGGAGCAUUUUUCAGCCUUUCAAUAUUUUGUAUUAGUGUACUGGGAUCAAUAUCGUCAUAUUUUGGAAUAUUAUUACAUAAAUAUUUGCAUUAUGAUAAUUUAAAUCAACCUUAUAAUCAAUUGACAAUAAUUAAAUUAUCCCUUUUAUUUAGUGCUGCAUUACCAGCAUUUUUAUUCCUAAUUAUAUUUAUACUUAAUUUUUUUGUAUGGGCUAAAGAAUCUUCAGCAGCUUUACCAUUUGGAACCAUUGUGGUAUUUUUAUUAAUAUUUAUAUUGAUCCAAUGUCCAUUAGGUAUAAUUGGUGGUUAUUAUGCUAAUUAUUAUCACAAAUUUGAUAGAUUUCUUUUAACAUCGAAAACUCCUCCUCCACAAAGUCCCUUAUAUGAAAAAUCACUAUUAAAUCAUGGGGAAUACAAUUCCAGUGCCACUAAUAGCAAAUCUUCAAUAUUAUCAAAAAUAUUAAGUUAUAGUAAAACAAUAUUAGUUUAUGGAUUAAUACCUUUUGGUAUAGUUUAUGUUGAAUUAUUAUUUAUUUUCAAUUCCGUUUGGUUAGAAAAAACUACAUUUUAUUAUAUGUAUGGGUUUUUAUUUGUUACGACAUUAAUGUUAUUUAUUAUCAUUAUUGAAUCUACUAUAGUGGCCAUUUAUAUUUCAUUAGUGGUUUAUAAUGAUCCUAAUUGGAUAUGGUUAUCAUUUCAAGUUGGUUCAAGUAUUGGUUGGUAUAUUUAUGGUUAUUCAAUUUAUUAUUUUAUUAAAAUUUUAAAUGUUGAUGAUUUUGUUAGUGGAUUAUUAUAUUUUGUUUAUAUGGCAUUAGCUUCAUUAAUGAUUGGUAUAGCUUCAGGAUCCGUUAGUGUAUUAACUGGAUUGAUUUUCAUUAGAAAAAUUUAUGGAGCAAUAAAAGUUGAUUGA